GCGCAGAUCGUCCUCAGUAGUUGCCCAGACGCUGUCACGGGCGUAGCUGGAUGCUGGAUUGUCUCUCUCUCUCGUGCGCGCGCGUGCCGCAGGGAGGUGCUUCCUUUUCUUCUUCCUCUUCCUCCUAACCUCGUCCUAUUCGUCGUCUGCAUCGUCGACGUACGCCGUGGACGUCACGAUUCUUCGAUGCUGCGGAUAUCGUGCGACUCGGUCAUCAGUUCACCAUCCUAACGAGAAGAAGAAAAGGUGCCGGAGAAAAGGGAGGCCGAUGAGGUUUCCUGCCGGUCGGUGAGAGAGAGAGAGAGAGAGAGAGAGACAGAUAGUGAGGGUGAUAAAGGGGGAAAGAGAGAGAGAGAAAGAGAAAGAGAUAGAAAUAGAGUGAGAUAGUGAAAAGGAUUUGACAAGGAAAGCUAUAUUGAGAGAAACAACGAGAGACCGGUAAAUCGGGAAACAAAGAUGGUGAUAGAGAAAUAGACAAAUAACGAGGGGAAUACGAAAGCAGCAGAGAAAAAUUCGAAAGGAAAGCUGUCCGGGAGGGGUGGAGAUGUGUUGAAGUGUGUUUUUGUGUAUAUAUAUGGUGCAGUGCGGUGCUGUGCUCGAGAGAGAGAAUGGCGUGGUCGGAUUUCGCGUGCACCUCGCCGUGACGUGGAAAGGUAGGAUCUACUCUUCUAAUCGAUCGGUGUUAUCAUCCUUUGCGAUUAAUUAACUCGGCACUGAAAGAGUCGGGCGCUAAGCUGAGGAAUGGAGGGAACGUGGCAGUGGGAGCAGCGAAAGCACUGCCAUAUCAUUCUGCUCAACCCUUUGUCGUACGUAAAGGAGAACCCGGAACAGGCUGCAGAUGAACGAAAGCGGCUGGAAGGUAGUCUCUGCAAGGAAGAAGACACCCUGAAGAAGAGGAGUCGCGUGCCGGGUCUGUAGCGCUCGGUAAAGAGAGGAGGGGCCCCCCCGAGCAUCAUCAGAAAGGAGAAGGGGUCGUCAUGGACCCGGCACACCAAAUCGUACCCCACUGAGCGAUGCAAGUAGUUAGGGCCGGGGCCCUGCUAGUGAGCAUGUGGCUCACUAGAGAAUGAAGAAGCAAAACGUCCGGACCCUAUCGUUGAUCGUCUUCACGUUCACCUACCUCCUCGUCGGCGCUGCAAUCUUCGACGUUCUCGAGUCCGAGACGGAGAAACGACGCAAGGAAGCAUUGGACGCCAUUGAAAAAAUGGUUAUACGCAAGUACAAUAUAAGCGAGGACGACUUCAAGAUCAUGGAAACAGUGGUGCUGAAGACGGAACCUCAUAAAGCAGGUCAACAGUGGAAAUUUGCCGGAGCGUUUUAUUAUGCGAUCACGGUCCUCACCACUAUUGGUUACGGACAUUCGACGCCGAACACCAUAAGCGGUAAGCUGUUCACGAUGUUCUACGCGAUCGUUGGUAUCCCGUUAGGGCUCGUAAUGUUCCAGAGCAUAGGAGAGCGUUUGAAUAAAUUCUCGUCCGUCGUUAUACGGAACGUAAAGAAGCUACUUAACUGUAAGGAUGUCCAGGCCUCAGAAAUAAAUCUCAUCUGCGUGGUGACGACCUUAUCUUGCUUAACGAUUGCGGGAGGUGCCGCUGCGUUCUCUCGAUACGAAGGGUGGUCGUAUUUCGACUCCAUCUAUUAUUGUUUCAUCACCCUGACCACCAUUGGUUUCGGCGACAUGGUCGCGCUGCAAAAGGAUAACGCGCUAAACAAUAAGCCGGAAUACGUGAUGUUCGCCCUGAUAUUCAUUUUAUUCGGCUUGGCCAUAGUCGCGGCCUCCCUCAAUUUAUUAGUGCUGAGAUUUGUCACGAUGAAUACGGAGGACGAAAGGCGAGACGAGGCCGAGGCUCUACAGGCUGCGCAAGGAGCGGUGCGCCUGGAGGGCGACGUAAUAACGGCGAACGGCUCGAUACUGUCGGGCCAAGUAGGGAACCACGGUGACACGAUAUCGCUGGACGACGAGACGUCGGUCUGCAGCUGCUGCUGCAGCGGAUUCCAGAAGAAACGACGGAGACCACGGUUCACCGUACGUCGCUCGCCCGGUAAGAUAUCGCACCUGCUGCCGAUGCAGCAGCUGCCCACGUUGAAUGUGCGCAGUGAACUACGCCCGCCGCCGUUGACGCCGUUGCUGCAACUGCCUCCGUUGCAUCAACACCGUGCAAGUAUCUGACGACCGUCGACCGGUGUCAGUAGUACGUUCUCGCAACAACAACUGCCGCGACGGGUGUCCGUUUGAGAGGCUCUUCCCCUCCCCCCGAGGAACAAGAAGGAUGGACAGAUAUCGCGGGAGGAUAGGAAGGAGAGUGAGAGAAGAGAAUCUUUCUUCGACCCGCUUCAACGAAUUUCAAUCCUCCAAGGGAUCGCUAUCGCACCUAUCGCCUGCCUAUCGAUUCUGACGAUCGCCAGUAACCGUACCGCAAUGUCGUUAACAUUUGCAAAGUCUGAAAAUUUCUUUCGAUUUUUUUCGUGUUUGUUUAGGAAGUGGAAAGGAAAUGUAGGUGUUUUUUUUUAUAGGUCGUAUCGUUUAAGGAAGAUGGAGGGUUUCGAUUAUGAUUAAUUGUGAUCAUUGCGGCACGAUUAUUGCGAGAUAAUCGCAAGAGUGACGAGAUUCUAAUCGACCGUUCUUUCGAUCGAUUGAUAUUUAUCAGUAAGAGCUUGAGGGCUUCGUCGAGUCAUUUUUUUCCCAUUUUUUUUUCUCAUAAAAAUUUGGAAAUUGGAAUUUUAAAGGAAUAGAGAAAAUUGAUCGAAGAAAAUAUUCAUAAGAUAAUAAAUAAGUAUAUGCUCCAAAGAGGACGGAAUCCAAGUGCUUCCUAUAUUAUGCUCUCCUUAGUAUUUUGAAAGGAAAAAAAAAGGAUCAUAAAUUAAUGAAACUUGAUCUUCCAUUGAAUUAUUUAUCAUUUAUCAGAAAUGGACAGAAUGGAAAUCGGAAUCUCGUCACAAAUGCGAUCAGGCGUUGAAUUGGUUCUCAGAAGCAAGUGUUGUGCAUGUACAAACGAAAAAGAAAAAAAUAAUAAAAAAUGAAAAAUAAAAAGGAUGCGCGAGUGAUCAUGUGUUCCGUAGCCAAGAAGCAUUAAAACAAACAAACCGUAAAACGAAAAAUUAAAAAAAAAAAAAACAAAAACAAAAAGACAAAAAAUAAGCACGUGAGAGAGGGAGAGAAAGAGAGAGAAGAAGAGAGAAGAAACUAUAUUAUAUCUGCGUUCACACUGCUACAAGGAAGAAAAAGAGAGAAAUAUAUAUUAUAAACAAAUAUAUACACACCAAAAGACAUAUACACAGGAUGAACACGACUUUUUUCAUUAAGAAGGCAUUUUACAAUUUGUAUAUAAAUGAAUUAUAGAUAUUACACAUACGAAUCUAGGUGUACGGAAUUAAGGCGUUUCGAUCUUACGAUGUGUAUAAGUAUACAUAAUUGCGAGAUUAACAUUAUAUAUUAUUUAUCAUAUGAGUGCGCGAGUACAUGACAAAGAAAAGAAAAAAAAAAAAUCCCAUUCUCGAUUUUCCAUUUAAACUACCGUUUGAUUAAAUGAUCCAGAGAUCGUUGAGAGAUCGUGGCCGUAACCACGUAGAGAACUCUAGCUAUUGUAGAUCUCGUCACGCAUGGACGCUCGAUCGGGUGGAAUUAAAUUUAAACCAGAAAUAAUUAAAAAAAAAAAAUUAUACAUAUAUAGGUAUAUAUACACACACACAUAUAUAUAUAUAUAUGUAUAUGUAUAAUGUAUACAUACAUACAUAUUAUCUAACGAGAGAAAACAGAAUAAUCCAAUCCAAAAAGUCGUAGAACACGAGAAUUAAAAUAUCGUCCCUCUUUAUUAGUUACAGUUUUACCUACAAAAAGUCAAUCCAUCGAGACACGAAAAGCACGUAAUUUCCGAAUAGAUAAACGCGUCAUACUAUAGUCGAACACGAGCGGAACAAUUCUCUUGCCUUUUAUCGACAAGUAGAACGUAUUCGAGACGUAUUUUUAAGACGUACACAACACAAACACAACACAUACACGUACACACUAUAUAAACACAAACGCAAAUACAAAUAUAAACACACACACACACAUACACACAUACACUGGAUUGCAUACACAACGCGUAGCAUAAGUAGUGGAACUUCGUUUACCCCUUCACUCGGCCCUCCGAGUGAAUUCAAAAAAAGAAAAAGAAAAAAAAAAAAAAGAAAAAAGAAAAAACGGCCAGGAAAAAGGACGACCCAACGUGACAGGCAUUUUUUAAAAACAUUUCUAUUCAUUUCUUACCUCUGCGUUCCCGUUUCCCGUUUCUAUUUUCAUCUUUCGUCGUCGUAUCGCGUUACUUUCGUUACGUGUCGUUACGCGAGUAUCAACCCUUAAAAUUCAUUAUUUUUUUUAGAUCCAUCGAUCACUUUCGAAACACCACGAGAACGAACGAUAACGUUUCGUUUGUAGAGAGUAAGAAAUACACGUCAUACGCGUAACGUAUGAAAAAUUCAUGCGCGUGGAUCAUUCGUAAAAAAAUUCGUAGAAAAAUCGCGCUACCUCAUACAUAGUUAAAAAAAAAAAAAGGGGGGGUUGGAAAAAAAACGUGACUUUCAACUCCGUCGCGUUAUAACAAUCUGUCACGCUUCGAUCACGAGAAGAUAUAUAUAUUCGUUUCGAAAAUCAAAGAAAUUCCUAUUCACGAUUUACAUGCAAUCGCGAUUCACAUGUAAUUAAUUGUUUAAGGGUUAACGAAAACGAUGAACCGCAGUCGAUGACGACCGAUCCAUCAAUGGCCACGUAACCGGAAGUAUUCGCGAUUCGACGAAUCAACGGUACGUUAUAUUUGAUCGCAUAAUCGCAUACCUAUCGGUAAAUCUUCUGUUGGAGAGAGAGAGAGAGAGAAAGAGAGAGCGUGAGAGUGAGAGUGAGAGAAAGAGAGAGAGAAAGAGAGAGAGAAAGAGAGAGAGAGAUGACGAGAAAAAAAAAUUCGAUAAAUCGAUACAUAUUACUGUAUCCUCGUUGAUACCACGUCAGAACGAACGAACGAACUCCAUUUGUAAAAUAUUAGGAUAGGAACAAACAACGAUCGAUUGGAAUGACAAUUUUCACGGCUCGUUAAAGGAGUUACAACACGAAACAUGUUGCGAGCGUUUAACAUGGAAACGAAUUCGAGGAAAUUUACGAAAUUAAAAUCGCAUUUCACAUUCUUUCGAUUGAGGAGAAUUUCAUUUUGUACGCUCCUACAAUGAACAAAUGAUUUUUGAUCGUUUACACUAAUUAGCAGUAAAGGACGGUAGCCUUUUCGAAAUUAUGAAUAAUAAUUACUACCCCCCAUCCCCUCCCCUUCCUCUCCCUCUCCCUCCUAAAUUUAAGGAUCAUGCAUCCCCCGUCCCCCUCCUUCCUCCUCCGUAUUUCCAUCCAUUUAUCAUUAAAUCAGAGAUUUAAUUAUAUUGACGUUUAAAAAAGAAAUUAUUCCCCUGCGAGAAUAAAAUUUCUAAUUAAUCUGAUAUACAUUUUUUUAUUCUCAAAUGGACGUUAUAGCGUGUUAAGAUAAUACAAGGAUUAUAUAAAAUUUCAGAUAAUACUUUAUAUUUAUAGCGAGAUAUCCUUCGCAAAGGAUAAGUGAGCUUGUAUUAACCCUUUAAUAUACCUUCGAGUCCGUAGCUGAAGUUAUUCCGUUUUUAUCCGUAUUUUGAUUUUUAGCGUUGUAAAAAUCGAGGACACGAUUUAUAACGAUACAUAAUGAAACGCUUAACGCUAAAAAUCGAAGAAAAUUCGUUCGACAAUUAAAAACAAAAUUAAUAAAUAAUGUUGCAUAUCUGUUUUUUCUUUUUUUCAUAAUAAACAAAUUUGUGACGAUUAUACGAGGACAGUUAUAGAAUAUAAAAGUGUGAUUUAAAGUUCUAACCGAAUAUCGGAUUAAUAAUUAAUAACGAAAUGGCGAAUUCUGCUUGCCAUUGAUAGGCAGAUAUCGAUGAAAGACAGCCGAGUAUGAAAAGAGCUUGUUUAAAUUAAAUGAUCGAUUUUUGAAUAGCUCAUUUAGAAAACUUGGACUGGUAUAGUUAAUGAAGAAAAUAAAAUAAAAGAAAAAUAAAAAAAAAAUAAAUAAAAAUAAAAAAAAAUGAAUUCAAAAUGUUCCAAAAGAUGCAAGCUCAAAAUAAUGUCACGAAUUAUAUUAAAGUGCCAUCGUUUUCUUAUGCAUGUUCGAAUCCUUGUAUUACUUUGGUAAAAUAUAUUAUUAAAGAGUAAGUAAAAGAUGUAUUUCGACGAGUAUAGAUAGUUUUCAUUAACAAAGUUUCAUUAAUAGGCGAUAGUCUAUAUAGAAUAUGAUAUGUAAUAAUAUCAUUUUCUCACAUUUUAAGCCUUCAAAAAGCUUGAAGAGUUUGCAGGAGGAAUAUUCUUUUUUAAUUUAUAAAAUUCAUUUCGUAAUCCAUAAUCCUUUUUCAUAGAGAAUUUUAAUGAAACGACGGUGUCAAUAAUCAUCUUUUUUCUUUCAUCUUUUAUCAAAAUUAUCGUUGUCUUACUGCAAACCCUUCAAUUUUAAUUACUUCAUUAUACGAUAACUCGUACGACAUACAAUUUUCAAUAUUACUGCAGUACAAAUGGCCAUAAAAGUAAACAGAAACUUCAAACUCGAUAAUUAAAACUCAUCUCGAAGGCUUAUGUUUGACGUUUCAAAUAUUCAUUAUCAUUAUUUAUUUACUAGUUUUUUAUGUGAAUAUUUAACAUAAAAUUUACAUAUUACAAUCUCGGUUUCGUAUCCCAUUUUAAUAUACGAAAAUACUUUUUCACUUGUAAAAAAAAUUAAGGGAUAUGAGUAAUAAACUAACGAAAUUUUAUUAAUAUAAACAAAGUCUUGCAUACGAUAGAUAGGUAUAGUUUAAAAAGGAAGCUAUACGAAUAAUUUAAAAAAAAAAAAAAUACAAUUUUUCAAGUAGUAAUUCAUAUUGUGAAUCGUCAAAAUGUAUCGAAAGUUAAAACGACAUGGAGAUUACAACCAUUCAAAGUCAGACACAUAUGCUUCGUAUCAGACCACGAUAGAGGAUUGCGUUUUUUCUUAUCAUCCUUCUCCCAUCGAUGUUUGAUCAUUUUAGCUUGUUAAAACGAGAUCUUAUAUCGAUAUGGUGUGAAAUGUAUCAAAUAUGCAUAAAUUGUCAACGAUCUUCGACCAACGCUAGCUUAAUUAGUCCCAGUAUUGCUGGAUAAGCGAGAUGAGAUUAAGAUUUAAUAGACAACAAAAAGAAGGAAAAAAAAAAAAAAAAAAAAAAAAAAAAGAAAAAAAUCGAAAUUAAAAAAAAAACAAUCAGUCGUUCUGAUCCCCGAUGAAGAGAAAAGCGGAUGAGAAAUUUUUGCAUGGUGUCUGGCUAAAUAUCUCGAUAUGCAAUGGCUCAAUGGUUAACGAGGAUAAUUUAUCAUUUCUACGUGUUUAAUAUAGCGUAAUGAUAAUCAAUUUCAAAGAAUUCGAACCAUUCGAUAUUGAAUAUUCAAUAAAAAAAAAAAAAAAAAAUAAAGUGAUAAAUUAUAAUAGAAUUUAAACAAUUUAAAAGAUUAUCGAUUAACAGACACCAUUGUAAUAAAAAGCGCAAGAAUUUUCAUUCCGCUUGUUUCCCAUAUUCGAUCAGUUGAAUUAACGUAUUGAAUACAUGAUUGGCUUAAAAAUUUGAUAACCUAUUAAUUGGCAUUGCAUAAAUUUAAAGAUAGAAAUUGAAAUUAAGAAGACGUGUUAUAUUUAGCGUUGUUUUAUAAUCAAUUAUAAAAAAUUAUGAUAAAUCCUUUUUUUCGAUUACCGUUUCAAAUUCAAAUUCAAGAUAGAGAUGUAAAAGAAAUUAAUUUUUAUAAUCUUCAAUAGUUAAUAUUUUACAAAUAUUUCAUUUUUUUCAAUUUAUUAUUUAGGUACAAUGGCACGUCCUGUUAAUCUUAAUUUCGUACAGGAGGCAAAUUUUAAAAUGCAUGUGCGUAUAACAUAUACGAAUAUAUUCUGCGGCGUGACCGCAAAAUUUCAACUUCCCGCAUUUUUAACUUUAUAUUAGUAGAUAAAGAACACGAUGAUUACCAUUAAUGUUACCUUACACGAAUAUAAACAAUAAUAUUUGUAAUAGCUGUAAAUUUACAUUACGACAACUCGGAGAGAUAUGAGAUUAAACGAGAAAAUUUAGACACACAUUCACGCAAUUUUGCUAUUAUUGUUAUAGCAUAAAAUAUAAGUAAAAAAUAGUUACGAAUUUAACAAAUUAACGAUUAAUUAAUUAAAUAUAUAUGAGCAUCGAAAUAGUGCAGUUUCAUCGCGAUUUCAUUCACGAUGCAGAUUGCAAGUUGCAAAAGAAUUAAAAAUUGAGAGAGAAAGAGAGAGAGAGAGAAAGAGAGUGUGUGUGUAUGUGUGUGUGUGUGUGUGUGUGUGUGAAAAAAACAGAAUUUUAAAAGCUAAACGUGAGAAAAAAGAGAACAACAAAGUCUGGUGUAUUACAUUUUCGAAAUUCUUUUUUAUAAUUAUAUAAUUAGUCUUCUUUUUAACUUUUUAACUACGACUUAAUUCAUUUCUCUGAUCAAAGUUUUAUCAAAAAAAACUAUAGUAACAGAUUUCAUAAUAAUAUAGAUGCGUCUAUCUAUUCGUAAAAUAGUUUGAUAUCGUUGAGAAUAUUUAUUUUUAUCUAUGCUCUUUAUCAUUAAAUUUGAAAGUUAGUUCCUUUCUCUACAAAUUUAUAAUGUACAUAAAUAAUAACGAAUGAGAAAAAUUUUAUUAGAAGGGUUAAGAUACAAUUAGAUAAAGAAAACCAAAUGUCAUCUAUCAUGAAAAUAAAUAAAAAAAAAAUUUUUAAUAAUUUCAAAUUCAAGAUUCUUUAAAAUGUACAUAGAAAGAUUGACGAAAGCUUUUUCAGAUCGAAUCGUGUUCCAAUGAAAUAUCUUAUUAUGCAAGUAUGCAAAGCUUUCACUUUGGUUUUCAUUCUUACUUAAAAUUAAUGAAACGAAAAUGAGAAUCUGUUCAUCGAAAUUAAAAAAAAAAAAAAUGCCUGGAAGUAUCACUUGCGAUAAUCACGAUUACUUGUAAAAUGCGAAAGAAGUCCUCAUUGAAAGAAAAAAAGAGAGAUUAUGGAAAUAUAAAUCCUAAUGGCUUGUACGGGUACAAUUUUCUCGAAAAUCGAAUGGAAGAAGACCACAUAUCCCUCGUUUUCAUGUAUUAUAAAUAAUGCACCGUCGUUGCAAGGAUCUUUAGAAAGUCCCCCUUCUUCCCUUCCCCCAUCCAAAAAAAUAAAUAAAUAAAAAAUAUUGAAAGAAAAAUCACUGUUCGAAACGAAAUGAUAAAAGCUGAACGAUCGAAGAGAUAAGAAGAAAAUAAACACGAUAACAGCAUGCGUGUGAUCGAAAUCGGUUCCCAAAUCUGCCUGCAUACACCGCCACGUGUACCGACGUUUAAGUGGAUCGUAAUUUGUAAAUUACUAUGGACUUCCUAAUUAUAUGCUGGUAUAUGAUAAUACAUGUGCUCUGCCACAAUAAAGCAGUUUUUUUUAUCUAAAA